UUAUUGUGUGUUCGGGACAGUGCAUGUGAGCCACGGUGUAGCUAACUUUAUACGGAUGUUAACUCUAAGACAACAUGAAGAAAAAAUACGAGUUUUGGGAGAAGUUGAGUUUGAAGUGUGUGUUGAUCGGAGACACCGGAGUAGGAAAGAGUAGCCUGGCCGCCCGAGUCUCUAAUAGGUCCUUCAAAACCGACUACAUUCCAACUCUGUUUGAUAACUUCGCCGCCACUGUGACCGUCGACAACAAGCCGUAUCACCUGAGUCUGUUCGACACAGCUGGCAAGGAGGAUUUUAACAAGCUUCGGGUGCUUUCAUACAUCAACAGUGACGUGUUCUUGAUCUGUUUCUCCGUAAACAAUCCGGAGUCCCUGGAGAAUGCGGAGACGUGCUGGGUACCAGAACUCCGUCAGUACAUGCCGGAUACACCGUUCGUACUUGUGGGUACACAGACGGAUAUCCGGGCCAAGAAACCCAACACCCGGGAUCAGGUUGUACGAAGUUCUGUGAUAUCUGCUAAGCAGGCUUCAGAGGUUGCUAACCGCAUGGGCGCCAUUAGUUACGUGGAGUGCUCCGCCAUGACAGGAGAGGGUAUCGAAGACCUAGCAGGGGAGAUAAUCACAGGCGCCCGCCGUACUUGGGAGACGAAGUGUACGAGGAAGACAAAGUGUUGCAACUGUCAGAUCUUGUGACGAGAGAUUUACUUUGGGACUCUCUAUUUCCAAAGGUUGUGAACCAAUGUUCGGCAGGACUACCGAGUCCACGACGAUUGUCUUUCCUCGUCACAUUCACAAGAGUUGACGUGCCUGCAUGCGACACUCGCAUUCGUUUUGGAUAGAUUCCAAAUACAAUGUUGUGGUCAGUGUGUUUCAGCGUUCUCGAGAACGACCACACUCUACAAAACCUCAUGUUUUGUUAUAGUACGAUGGAAAUUCGGCCAGGACAGUGCUGUCUGCUGGACAUAAUGUCGAUACUAGACUAUGUCAGGUCACGUGAUAUCAAAUUUGAAUGACGCAAUGUUGCUUGUAAAAGGUCAAUAUGCUCAUGUUGCAAAACCGACAAAGGACACGCUCAGUGUAUAUUACCAGAACUAGACAUGGUGAGUGUGCAGUACCGAACGAGACAGAUCGGUAUACCAGAAACAUGGUCAGUGUGCAGUACCGAACGAGACAGAUCGGUAUACCAGAACUAGACAUGGUCAGUGUGCAGUACUAAAACUAGACAUACGCUAUGUGCAGUUCCAGCAAUAGACAUGCCCAGUGUACCAGAACUAGACUCUUGCACAAUGUGAAGGACCGAAACGUGUAUCAGAACUUGACAUGCGCAUUGGGCAGUACCAGAACUGGGCAGUACCAGAACCAGAACUGGGCAGUACCAGAACUAGACAGCUCAGUAAACCAGAAAUUGACAUGCUCAGUGUGAAGUACCAGAACUAGACAUACGCUAUGUGCAGUUCCAACAGCAGACAUGCUCAGUGAACCAGAAUUAGACUUACGCUGUGUGCAUUACCAGAUGUAGACAUGCGAUGUGUGUAUUGUACCGGAGUUAGAUAUGCGCAGUGUAUAGCACCCAAAUUAGACUAAAUAAACAAAGGUUGUAUAAUUGACAACUUCCCAAUAAUGGGAAUUACUGAUAUUAUACUAUGUGUAAGCUUGACAGCAUUGAUAAAAGUCUUUGUAGUUUAGCGAUUUAAUUAUAGAAGAAUAUAUAUUCAUUUUUAAUAUUAAUUAAGUUUUAUUUUUAUUUUUCAUUGCUUUUCAAGGGUCGUGUUCCAACUGAAAUAUCGUCAUUGAAAUUCACAGAACCGUUUCGUUAACAGUACAUAUACACACAGGCUAUAUAGAACAACACUGUAUUGUCAUCACUGUUGUGCGACGCAUUUUAUUAGCUUAUCCCCGUUUUGCCGGAAGAACAGUUCCUGAGAUCAAAAAUAACAUAUCUUGUGGUUAGUUUAAACACGAAGUGUGACCAAACUUUUUCUAGUUUGAUGACUGUAUUUAAUCACCUCUAUUCAAUAAAAGUAUGAAAGUUUG